AUGCGGCUGGCCAGGGUUCAGCGGGGCGGCGGACGUGCCCAGCAAAGUGCCACAGUGGCCAAUCCAGUUCCUGGCGCCGGCCCGGAUCUGCUUCCUCACUUCUUGGUGGAGCCCGAGGACGUGUACAUUGUCAAGAACAAGCCGGUGCUGCUGGUGUGCAAGGCCCUGCCCGCCACGCAGAUCUUCUUCAAGUGUAACGGGGAGUGGGUGCGGCAGGUGGAUCACGUGAUCGAGCGCAGCACGGACGGAGGCAGCGGACUGCCGGCCAUGGAGGUUCGCAUCAACGUGUCCAGGCAGCAGGUGGAGAAGGUGUUCGGGCUGGAGGAAUACUGGUGCCAGUGCGUGGCAUGGAGCUCAUCUGGCACCACCAAGAGCCAGAAGGCCUACAUCCGCAUCGCCUAUUUACGCAAGAACUUCGAGCAAGAGCCACUCGCCAAGGAGGUGUCUCUGGAGCAGGGCAUCGUGCUGCCCUGCCGUCCACCCGAGGGGAUCCCCCCCGCUGAGGUGGAAUGGCUGCGGAACGAGGACCCGGUGGACCCGUCGCUGGACCCCAACGUGUACAUCACCCGGGAGCACAGCCUGGUGGUGCGCCAGGCCCGCCUGGCCGACACGGCCAACUACACCUGCGUCGCCAAGAACAUCGUAGCCCGUCGCCGGAGCGCCUCGGCCGCCGUCAUCGUCUACGUGAACGGUGGGUGGUCGACGUGGACCGAGUGGUCCGUCUGCAGUAUCAGCUGUGGGCGCGGCUGGCAGAAACGGAGCCGAAGCUGCACCAACCCGGCGCCUCUCAACGGGGGUGCCUUCUGUGAGGGGCAGAAUGUCCAGAAAACAGCCUGCGCCACCCUGUGCCCAGUGGACGGCAACUGGAGCCCGUGGAGUAAGUGGUCAGCCUGCGGGCUGGACUGCACGCACUGGCGGAGACGCGAAUGCUCGGACCCCGCGCCCCGCAAUGGGGGUGAGGACUGCCAGGGGGUGGAUCUGGACACCCGCAACUGUACCAGCGACCUCUGCGUGCACACUGCUUCCGGCCCUGAGGACGUGGCCCUCUACGUGGGCCUCAUUGCCGUGGCUGUGUGCCUUGUCUUGCUCCUGCUGGUCCUCAUCCUCGUGUAUUGCCGGAAGAAGGAAGGACUGGACUCAGACGUGGCCGACUCUUCUAUUCUUACCUCAGGCUUCCAACCCGUCAGCAUCAAACCCAGCAAAACCGAUAACCCCCACCUGCUCACCAUCCAACCAGACCUGAGCACCACCACCUACCAGAGCAGCCUGUGUCCCCGGCAGGACGGGACCAGCCCCAAGUUCCAGCUCACCAACGGACACCUGCUCAGCCCACUGGGCAGCGGCCGCCACACGCUGCACCACAGCUCGCCCACCUCGGAGGCCGAAGAGUUCGUGUCCCGCCUGUCCACCCAAAACUACUUCCGCUCCCUCCCCCGGGGGACCAGCAACAUGGCCUAUGGGACCUUCAACUUCCUGGGAGGCCGGUUGAUGCUCCCCAACACAGGGAUCAGCCUCCUCAUCCCCCCGGACGCCAUCCCCCGAGGCAAGAUCUACGAGAUCUACCUGACGCUGCACAAGCCCGAGGAUGUGAGGUUGCCCCUAGCCGGCUGUCAGACCCUGCUGAGUCCCAUUGUUAGCUGUGGCCCCCCGGGCGUGCUGCUGACCCGGCCGGUCAUCCUCGCCAUGGACCACUGUGGAGAGCCCAGCCUGGACAGCUGGAGCCUGCGCCUCAAGAAGCAAUCGUGCGAGGGCACAUGGGAGGAUGUACUGCAUCUGGGCGAGGAGUCGCCUUCACACCUCUACUACUGCCAGCUGGAGGCGGGUGCCUGCUACGUCUUUACGGAGCAGCUGGGCCGCUUCGCCCUGGUCGGGGAGGCCCUGAGCGUGACCGCUGCCAAGCGCCUCAAGCUGCUCCUCUUCGCCCCGCUGGCCUGCACCUCCCUGGAGUACAACAUCCGGGUCUACUGCCUGCAGGACACCCAUGAUGCGCUCAAGGAGGUGGUACAGCUGGAAAAGCAGCUGGGCGGCCAGUUAAUCCAGGAGCCACGCGUCCUGCAUUUCAAGGACAGUUACCACAACCUGCGCCUAUCCAUCCACGACGUGGCCAGCUCGCUGUGGAAGAGCAAGCUCCUGGUCAGCUACCAGGAGAUCCCUUUCUACCACAUCUGGAAUGGCACACAGCAGUACCUGCACUGCACCUUCACCUUGGAGCGCGUCCACCCCAGCACCAGCGACCUGGCCUGCAAGGUGUGGGUGUGGCAGGUGGAGGGUGAAGGCCAGAGCUUCAACAUCAACUUCAACAUCACCAAGGACACGAGGUUUUCUGAACUGCUGGCCCUGGAGAGCGAAGGGGGGGUCCCAGCCCUGGUGGGGCCCAGUGCCUUCAAGAUCCCCUUCCUCAUUCGACAGAAGAUCAUUAGCAGCUUAGACCCGCCCUGCAGUCGGGGCGCCGAUUGGCAGACUCUAGCCCAGAAACUCCACCUGGACAGCCAUCUCAGCUUCUUUGCCUCCAAGCCCAGCCCCACAGCCAUGAUCCUCAAUUUGUGGGAGGCCCGGCACUUCCCCAACGGUAACCUCAGCCAGCUCGCCGCGGCCGUGGCCGGCCUAGGCCAGCCAGACGCGGGCCUCUUCACCGUCUCCGAGGCCGAGUGCUGA